AUGCCGUCCAAAGACGUCAACGUACCCAGUGCUGGUGACCAGAAGUUUGUCACAGCUCUCCUCAAGUUCCUUCCCACCGGCAUAGAUAUUGACUGGGACGGACUUGCCCAGGAGCUCAAUCUGAAGAGCACAAAGAUUGCCAAGACCCGAUUCUCACAGAUCCGACGUAAAUAUCAGCAGGGAGAAGCAGCGGGUGGCUCUCAGCAAGCCAAGACUGCCAAAGUCACUAAGCCCAAUAAGGGCAAGAAGGCCAAGACCGCUCGCAAGGGCCAAGACGAGGAUGAGGAUGAUGGCUACGACGAUGAUGAGGAGGAUGUGAAGUCCGCUACUAAGAAGGAGCUCAAGGACGAUGCCGAGGGUGUGAUCAAGAUCGAGGAUAGUGACGAUGAGCUUAUUGAUACUUAA